AACUGCUGACACAGGGUAUAUGUCUCGGCGGCUUAUGAAGGCUCUGGAGGAUCUUUCAAUUUUGUACGACAGAACCGUGCGAAAUGCAAGUUCAUGCAUAGUGCAAUUUGAGUAUGGUGAUGAUGGUAUGGACCCUGCACAGAUGGAAGAGAAAGAAGGGCAUCCUCUGAACUUUAAUAGAUUAUUUAUGAAAGUUAAGGCAACAUGUCCUCCCGGAGAGGAAAAGAGUCUGUCAUCAUCAGAAAUCCAACAGAUGGUGCAUAAAAGGCUUUCAGAACAUGAUACGACUCCAGAUGGGGGGUGCUCAGCGGCCUUCUGCAAUUCAUUAAAAGAAUUCAUUGAAAACAACUGUGUAGCAAGCUUAGAGAAAACACGGAAAGAUCUCAAACUUGAUGGGGAACAUAAUGCAGGGGAGGAUCUUGAUGCUCUUGAAAGUAUCACUUUAAAUAUAUCAGGUGUAACAAGAAAGCAACUACAGUCUGCCAGUAUGUAG